AGAGCAGUUAGAGCGGCAGAGCGGCAGAGAGGGAAAAGGUUGUCCUUGAGAGCCUCACAGUUCAGUCAAGCAUGUUGUCUUCGUGCUUUCAGGGAAUCCUACAGCCCAAAAACAGAAGACUGCGAGGUUACCAAUGAUUUUACAGUCCAGCAGAUAGAUAGACGCUUUGUUUUCCCGCACAGGACGAAGAGGAAUAAGAAAAUGUGUCGCUGGAUUUGGUGCCCGCUCCUGCUGCUGCCUCUCCUGCUGCUUCUCGUGAUGACUGAAGUUGAGGCUCAAGUGGAAAACCGAGUGAUUUUCCUGCCCGGAACGUUUCAGAACGUGAGCGUCUCCCAGAACGAGACGGUGCAGGCCAUAGUCUCCAGGAUCCCCCCAGAGGUGGCUUUCAUCACUCUGCAGUUUCACACGCAGCACCACAACGCCACACUCUCCUACACAAGGGUUCCAGACCUGGGUCUCUCUCUGACAGCAGUGGAUUCAGGUCUCCUGUCAGCUCUUCAGCCGGGCCAAUCGGCUCUCUCCAUGUUCCUGUCAUCUUUAGAUGGUGACCCUGUGGCCGGCACCGGAGUCAUCCUCCCAUACACCAGCACCGAUCCGGUCCCUGGAGCUUGUAACACAGAGUUCAACCUGGACAUCGACCCAAACGUCUACAUCCACUACAACCUCUACGAGACCACGAUCCGCUUUGCACCGGCCAACUUAGGUUACGAGAGGGGGGAGGAUCCUCCGGCCUGCGAUGAAUCCAUAGAGCCCAGCACGCGCUGGCGGCUGCAGUACGACAUUUACCAAUACUUCCUGCCUGAGAACGACCUAUCAGAGCGCAGCCUUUUCCGCAGCAUCCAGGAUGUGGCGGACGUCCGCGGCAUGACGCAGAACGGCAGAAGGGUCAUGACGCUGUUUUCAACAGAUAAGAGCACGGCGGUCUUCAACUCCAUCCCCGGUCAGGGCGUCAUCUACUCGGUCGUCGUCAGAGACCCCGUGCAGAACACCUCGGCCUCCUACGUCCCCGUCCACACCUACGCCUGCAGCUUCACUUCCACUCUGGACGGCUGCCAAACACUGGGAAAAAUAUCCACAAAGGUUUUCUUCACCAUCAUUGGCUUGGCGGGCCUGUUCAUCUGCUUCUUCGGACAUCGCUUCUUCAAAAUUGAGCUGUUCUGCAUGGGAUUCAGCUUUGCAACGUUUUUCUUCUUCGUGCUGAUCACGAGGACAACACAGCUGCAAUAUGACAUCUGCCUGGCGUUGUCUGCUGUGAUCGGCGUGGUGGGCGGCGUCCUCCUGGUGAUGAGCUGGUGGCGUUUCGGCUCAGUCAUGGCCUGCAUCGUCGUGGUCGGACUGAUGCUGGGUUUCCUCCUCGCCUCCACCAUCUUCUUCACUCCUCUGGGUGACCUGGACUUGUUCAGGCGAUCUGAUGCUGUUUUCUGGGUGACCUUCUGCUGCAUCAUGGUCAUCGUUCCGCUCUUCUUUGUGCGUUGGCCCAGAGAGGGGAACAUCAUCACGUGUGGUGUUGUCGGUGCUUACGCUGUCGUCCUGGCUAUAAACGCCUACAUCUACACGAGCCUCUCCUACAUCACUCUGAACAUCCUCAAACGCUUCCUCAACAACAACUUCAGCUCCGUGUUCACAGACGUGCCCUUCCAAACAAUCGACUACGCCAUGAUCACAGUGUGGGUGGUCCUCGGGGUGGGUGGCAUCGUCCUGCAGCUCUACCGUGAGCGCUCUCGCCCGUUCUUCCCGCCCAGCCCGUACCUCAUGUGGCUGCAGGAGCGCGAGCGCCGGAAGACCAACGUCCUGGACCCGAGCCACCACUUCCCCCCGCUGCCGAACCGCAUCCUGGCCCGAGCGCGGCAGCUCACAAAGAGGAACGAGUCGGCCGGAGAACACACACCUCUGCUUCUCUAAAACCAACACACACACACACGCCCUCACUGUCUCUGUUCAGAGGCGGAUUAUUACCCGUACUGUCGGGGGCUGAAACAGAGAGAAAAAGAAAACCCUCUCUUGUCCUGUGGAGACUCAUCCUGCGGAGUAUCAAGGAAGCCAGACGGACUUUUGAUGCCUAGAGGACUUCAGUUCCUCAUCACUGUCUUUGGGAGUCGACACAAGAUCAGCUGAUUGAAAAGCUUCAGCUGCAGCACAAACACUCUGCAGGUGGAGCUGACUUCUUUAUUUUUUAACCUUCAUAGGAAGACUGACUGUUUUUUUCCCAUGAAAGCCACUUUUUUUAACACUUAAAUGACGUUUGAAUAAUCACUGAAACUUGUCAGUAAGAACUAAAGAAGUGUCUUUGAAUGUUUGUUUUUUUUAAAUAACUGAAACGUGCUUUAUAAUAUCGGUCUGUUGUUUCUGCUCUUUUUGCACUAAAGUCACAAACUACUCGAAUCUUACAAAGCGAGGCAUUUUGUCUGCAUUCAUCCAGGAAAAUAAAUAAUGGAUAUCCAUGUGUUGUCCACAGACUGUAUACAAGCAGUAGACGUGAAGCUGAAGCGCCUUAAAGCUGCAUUCUUUAUCAUGGCCUGCAGAGGGCGACUCCACUGGUUGAAUGAAAGAAGAGGAGAAAAUGAAAUGUUCCUAAUGAGUUUAUUUUCCCAAUCUCUAGUUUGAAGUUGAUGAUGCAAAAGAAACUGGGCUUAGCUGAAGACGUUUCACCUCUCCUCCAAAAGUCUUCUUCAGUUCUGAACUAUCUGGUGAGAGGUGAAACGUCUUCAGCUACGCCCAGCCGCCUUUGGAUCAAGCUUCUGGAUGACUGAGAACUGAGAACAGACGUUUCCAUUUAGACAAAAUUAAGACGUUAAAGCCAGUUAUUCUGUCGCACUGCAGCCUCUCGUUCAUAUGGAAGCCCGAGGCGGACCGCAUCCAUACAUUUUAGUUACUCCAUUUUCCUUUAAUAUCAAGAAAUGUCCGGUUGUUUUCUGGAGAUCUCGACUCACCUCAAGAGUUUAUUUCAGUUGUUUUUCUUGAUUGCUCAGGACAACAAAGUCGUGUUAGCCAUUGUUUCUCUGCAACUCUGUGCAGGAUACGAGUAAGGGUAUAAGUCAAGAUCUUGAGAAAUGGGCGGGAAAGGUCUUGUUAUCACAGGAAGACAGAGUAAAUACAAAGUGUGUAAACAUGUUUGCAUAAGGCUUCUGUAGAUUCAGGUCAGAGGUGUUGCUGUGUCACUACUCGCUGUAAGAACAAGCAUUAAAAGAACCAAAGUGGAGGCUUCAGAACUGUAGUCCUGAAACAAGUCAGCAACGUCACAGUAUAAAUCCACUUCUUGUAUACGGUCUGUACGUUUGUCUCACAGCUGGCAUGGAAAAAAAAAUGCAUCUUAAAUGUUUAAGUUGUUUUUUAAACGACGAUGAACAUACAGUGUACCUUAAAGUUGAUGUAAAACUUUGAACACACUCUAAAAAAUGACGGAGAGUUCAUAUGAUGAUUCUGUGUUUUAGACUAAACUCUUAACAUAAUUCUUUUUUAAAUCAGCAUACAUGAUGAUGUGUAACGUGUCUGAAAAGUGAGGAUGUGUGUGAGAGCGAGCAACGAAGCAGAAACUGACUAACACAAUAUUGCACUGUCGUCGUUUUUUACACAAACUUUAGAUUAGCAGUGUUCUUCUACUCCAUCGACUGCGUCUGUGCUCCUGAUCAGACUCAAGUCGGGUCAGUCUUUUUGUAAUUUUGCACACUGAAUUUUUAUAUAUUUAAUGCUCUGGUUCUUCCGAUGAUGAUUGUCUGUUAAUCUCUCUGAUGUUUUGUUUUUACUCUAACUCUGUGUGCCAUAUGACUCUUUGUCACAGUUUCACUUCAGCUUUUAAACAAAGAUGCACUGAGACGGCUCACCAAACCUUCACUUUGAAGUCCGUACAGGAAGAUUUUUUACUGAACCUUUUCUGGUCUCUAGACUUUUUUUUAUAAAGAAUCCAAAACCACAUGCACACAUGGUUUAAUGUCAUUUUUAAAUUAACAUGUUUUGAUAUUUAAUAAAUGCCAUCAGGUAAAA